AUAAGCAAGCAGUGAGCAGUGACAGUCUGCUUAAAGUGUUUGGGCUCACCGUGCUUUGUUUCUUACAGCUAAGCAUCAAAGAAACCAGAAGUUGGUAAGGACACUUGUUUGUUUUAUAAAGGUGAAGAAAGAACAAGGAUGGAAGCAGGCAAAAAUGAAACAGGAGACAAGUCUGAGGGACAAGACCAGAUGGGAACCAGAAACUUUACACAAGUUACUGACCAAGGCCAGGGUGCUUCCUUUAGGGGUCAAGAAAACACUGCUGUGGUCCAGCCUGCCCCGAGCAAAGAAAAAGAAAAGACCAUCAGACCAAAACUUCAAAUAACUUUUGGGACUUUUACUGUAAAGAAUGGAGAAAAUUUAAACGUGGAGAUCCCAGUGACAGGGAAUCCUGCCCCGAAGAUUGAAUGGAAAAGAGAUGCUCAGCCAGUUAAGGAGACGUCAAGGCUAGAAAUUUUAACCAAAGCAUCAUUAACCGUCCUUCAUAUACGGCGCGCUGCCAGGGAACACUCCGGUCAGUAUUCUGUUACAGCAAGUAACAGUGCAGGAGAAUACACUGGAGAAGUCACUGUUGUUGUUUUAGAAAAACCAGAUCCACCCAAGGGCCCAGUGGUUGUUGAUGAAGUGAGUUCUGAUUAUGUCGUCCUUUCUUGGGAGCAACCAGAAUAUACAGGAGGCUGUCAACUAGACAAUUACGUAGUGGAGAAACGUGUGACCACCAGCUCAGAGUGGCAGACUGUCUCAGCAACAACGGUGAGAACCACAAUCAAAGUAACCAAGCUGAAAACCGGAAGUGAAUACCAAUUCAGGGUUUCUGCGGAAAAUAGGUAUGGGAAAAGUUCUGCAAUCACCUCUCAGAUUGUUAUGGCACAGUAUCCCUUCAGCGUGCCUGCUGCUCCAGACAUACCCUGUGUGUCCUCUGUGACGAAAUACAGCAUGGUGGUGGAGUGGAAACCACCGCUCAGAGAUGGAGGCAGCCCUAUUAUCGGCUAUCACCUUGAACGUAAAGAGAAGAACAGUAUUUUAUGGACCAAACUGAACAAAUUAGUCAUCCCUGACACUCACUUUAAAGCAAGUGGCCUGGAAGAAAGCAUCGAGUAUGAAUUCAGAGUCUUUGCUGAGAAUGUUGCCGGACUUAGUCUGCCAAGUAAGCCAUCUGGAUGCUACAUUGCAAGAGACCCGUGUGAUCCACCUGGAAAACCAGAGGCUGUUGUUGUAACCAGAGACAGCAUCACGCUUCAGUGGGCUAAACCACAGUAUGACGGGGGAAGCUCCAUUACAGGCUAUGUUGUUGAAAGGAAAGAUCUCCCAGAUGGCAGAUGGAUGAAGGCAAACUUCACAAAUGUCAUUGAGAAUCUCUUCACAGUCACAGGUCUAACGGGAGGUCAGAGUUAUGAAUUCAGGAUAACUGCUAAGAAUGGUGCUGGUGUUUGGAGCUUACCUUCAGAAACUUUAACCAUCAUGGCUCAGGAUGUCAUUGAAACACCAACCAUUAUAAUAGAUCCAAAGUUUAAAACUUCUGUUGUGGUUCAGGCUGGGGAGACAUUUGUCAUUGAUGCUGGUUACUUUGGAAAGCCUCUCCCAGAAGUACUGUGGCUAAAAGAUGGAAAAGAGAUUGACAAGGUUACACCGAGAAUGGAGUUUAAAAACACCCUCACUCAUACUACUCUCACUGUCAGGGAAUGCACACGUAUGGAUGGAGGACGCUUUGUUUUGAGUCUUAGCAACAUUGGAGGAACUACAUCUGCUUCAGUUAAUGUGAAGGUCUUGGACAGACCUGGUCCGCCUGACGGUCCACUGAAAAUCAAAGUUCUGAGUGCAGAAAAGUGCAAUCUCUACUGGAAUCUCCCUUUAAACGAUGGAGGUGCUACAAUCACCCACUACAUUAUAGAAAGAAGGGAGACAAGUCGUGUCACAUGGACAUGUUUAGACUCGAAUGUUGAAGCUGUGAGCUACAAGGUUACAAAACUGGUACCUGGCAAAGAAUAUGUAUUCAGAGUUGCUGCAGUGAACAAGUUUGGAGUGGGUGAAUUCCUGGAAUCAGAGCCAUUUGUUGCCAAAAAUCCGUUUACAAUACCUAGUGCUCCUUCCAGCCCUACUGCCAGCGCAGUGACAAAUGACUCUGUACUACUAACAUGGGAAAGGCCUGUGAGUGAUGGGGGCUCAGAGAUAGAUGGCUACAUUGUGGAGAAGAUUGAUAAAGAUGGGGUCAGAUGGACCAAAUGCAAUAAGAGACGAGUAAAUGACUUACGUUUCAGAUGUACAGGCCUGACAGAGGGACAUUACUAUCAGUUCAGAAUUCUUGCAGAAAAUGCAGCUGGUGUGGGUGCACCAAGUGAGCCAAGUGAGUACAUAAAAGUAUGUGAAGCUACUUACCCACCCGGUCCACCUUCAAACCCAAAGGUUGCAGAUUAUUCAAGUAGCACUGUGUCUCUGACGUGGUCAAGGCCCUUCUAUGAUGGUGGAGCACCCAUCACUGGAUUUCUAGUUGAGAUGAAGGGCCCAACAGAAGAUGAAUGGAUUAUAUGUACCCCAAAUACAGGCAUAGAGGACACAAACUACACUGUGAAAAGACUAAGAGAAAACACAGAGUACUGUUUUCGUGUUCGAGCUAUAAAUGCUGCAGGUGUCGGAGAGCCUAUGGAUCUACCAGGAUCUGUGCUUGUAACAGAAAAAGUUGAGGCCCCUGAGAUUGAACUGGAUACUGCUUUGAGAAAGAUUGUAAAUGUUCGAGCCUGUUCCACUUUGCGACUCUUUGUUAGCAUCAGAGGAAGGCCAGAACCAGAGGUGAAAUGGUCAAAAGAAGGGGAAACUCUAAGUGGGAAAGCUCAAAUUGAGGUUACCAGUACCUACACUGUCUUACUCAUAGAGAAUGUCAACAGAAAUGACAGUGGAAAGUAUGUGCUGACUGCUGAGAACUGUGGUGGCUCCAAAUCGGCAUUCAUCAAUGUUAGAGUUUUGGACUCUCCGAGUGCACCAACAAACUUGGAGAUAAAAGAUGUAAAGAGAGAUUCUGUAUCACUCUCAUGGGAACCACCUAUUAUUGAUGGAGGAGGUAAGAUUUCACAUUACAUUAUAGAAAGGCGAGAGGAGUCCAGGAAAGCAUUCACAAGUGUCUGUAGUGACUGUGCAAGAAAUUCCUAUAAGAUUGACAAUUUGCAGGAAGGAUGCUUUUAUUAUUUCCGUGUCUUGGCUGUAAAUGAAUUUGGAACUGGACUUCCAGCAGAAACUACUGAACCUGUUAAAACGUCUGAGGUUCCUCGGCCUCCUGGCAAAAUCACAGUAAGUGAGGUCUCUUGCAAUAGUGUAAGACUCUCUUGGGAAAAGCCUGAUCAUGACGGAGGGAGCAAAAUUUCUUCUUACCUUGUAGAAAUGCAAACCAAGGGAGAUGAUACAUGGAUGACGUACUCAGAGAGUAGAGCACCAGAACUGAUUAUUGAAGGUUUGACAAAAGGAAAUGAGUAUCUCUUUAGAGUGAGUGCCAUAAAUGAGAAAGGAAAGAGUGUACCAAAACCCCUGUUGGCACCUGUUAUACUUAGAGAUAACAGUGCUGGUCCAGUUAUUAAUCUCUUGUCCAACACAUUCAAUGUGAAGGCAGGUAAUGAUUUGGGAAUUGAUGUUCCAUUUAAGGGCCUUCCACAGCCAACAGUAAUAUGGAAAAAAGAUGGCAAUAUACUAAAAGAGACAAGUAGGGUAAAUGUACAAACAUCUGACUCAACAUCUCAGAUCAAAAUCAAAGAUGCAUCCAGGACUGAUGUUGGUGUUUACGAGGUGACACUGACAAACUCUGUUGGAACCACAUCAGCUGAAAUCUUGGUGAAUGUCUUUGAGAGACCUGGCCCUCCUACUACUCUUAAUGUGGAUGAGUUGAGUGCUGACUUUGCAACUUUGUCGUGGCAGCCCCCACUUUACACUGGUGGAUGUCAGAUCACUAAUUAUGUUGUUGAGAAACGUGACACGAGUAGUACAGUCUGGCAGACUGUCUCAGCUACAGUUGCAAGAACAUCAAUCAAAAUUUCUCGACUGACUCAGGGAACUGAAUACCAAUUUCGCGUUGCUGCAGAAAAUCGCUAUGGAAAAAGCCAAUUUGUAGAAACCCAAACUGUUGUUGCACAGUAUCCUUUUAAACUGCCUUGCUCACCGACAAACCUCCACAUUGAACAGGCCUCAAAGUCGGCAAUUGUCAUAGCUUGGAGCAAACCCGACAGCGAUGGUGGCAGUCCCAUUGUUGGCUACCAUAUUGAAAUCAAAGAUCAAAGCGGUAUUCUGUGGACAAAACUAAACAAAAGUCCAGUAACAGAGAAUCGAUAUAAGGUGACAAGUGUUGAAGUAGGUCUUGUCUAUGAAUUUCGUGUCAGUGCUGAAAACAUUGCAGGUGUGGGACCCUGUAGUAAACCUUCUGAGCCUGUUGCAGCCAGGGAUCAAUGUGAUCCACCCAGCAAUGUCAUGGUUACCAAUAUAACUAACACGUCAGUAUCGCUGUCAUGGGUAAAACCAGAAUAUGAUGGUGGAGCUAAAAUAACUGGAUACAUUGUUGAGCGUAGAGAACUUCCUGAUAGUUGUUGGCUCAAGUGCAACUUCACAAACUUAUUGGACACCUUCCUGGAAGUGACAGGCCUUGAAGAAGGCAAACAAUAUGACUUUCGUGUUCUUGCAAAGAAUGCAGCUGAGCUUCUUAGCCCACCCUCUGACAGCAUCGGCCCUGUUACAGUACAGCAUGAUGUGGAGCCACCCAGAAUUAUAGUUGAUGACAAAUUUAGACAGGUGGUGAUUGUCAAAGCAGGAGACAGCCUUAAAAUAGAUGCUGAAAUUGCAGGAAGCCCUAACCCAACUGUGUUUUGGCUGAAAAAUGGAAGGAAUAUUUCCACAACAGGUAGGGUAGAGAUAAUGGCAACAAAAACAAAUACUUCUCUACUUGUAAGAGAAUGUGUCAGGAAAGACUCUGGACAGUAUACUCUGACCCUGCAGAACACAGGAGGCACCAUAUCUAAGGUUAUCACCUGCAAGGUAUUGGACAGGCCAGGUCCUCCUGCUGGACCUCUGCAAGUAACUGGAUUGUCAGCAGAAAAAUGCACCCUGUCCUGGGACCCUCCUAAUGAGACUGGUGGUGCUGAGAUUACGCACUACAUUGUUGAAAAGUGUGAAACAAGCCGUGUUUCCUGGACUCUGGUAUAUGAUGACAUGGUGGCGACUACUUGUAAGAUAACAAAGCUACUCAAGGGAAAUGAAUAUCUGUUUCGGGUGAGGGUCAGCAAGUACGGAGACGGUGAGGUUUUAGAAAGUGAACCUGUCAAGGCCAUGGAUCCCUUCACUGUCCCGUCUGCUCCAACAGAUGUUGAAGUUACAAGUGCAACUUGUGAAACUAUGACUGUAUGCUGGAAGAGGCCAGUCACUGAUGGUGGUAGUCGUAUUAGUGGGUAUAUCGUAGAGAAAAGGGAGAAGCAGGGUGUUCGCUGGGUUAGGGUCAAUAAAAAAAAUGUCUACGACCUGCGAGUCAAAGUCACCGGCCUGCAUGAGGGAUGUGAGUAUGAGUUUAGAGUAUUUGCUGAGAAUGCAGCUGGUCUGAGUGAACCAAGUUUACCAUGUCCUCUUACUAUGGCAGAAGAUCCCAAGUUUCUACCUUGUCCUCCAGCAAAGCCCAACAUAACAGAUUCUUCCAAGUCUUCAAUGACUCUGACCUGGAACAAACCACUAUUUGAUGGUGGAGCGCAGAUCACAGGGUACAAAGUUGAGUUCAGAAAACCAACAGAGGAAGAUUGGACUGUUGGCGUUCACAAUACUGACAAGACAGAGUUUACGGUAACAGGACUAACCACUGGGUCAGAAUAUGUUUUUACUGUCAGAUCAAUCAACAAAAUUGGCAUCAGUGAUCCCAGCCCUGAAACAGAUCCAGAGGUAGCCAUGGACAGAGAAGAGAUACCCAGGUUCGACAUCAGUCCUGAGAUGAGAAAGACCUUGCUUGUGAAAGCUGGAAGCUCCUUCACCUUGACUGUUCCAUUUGUAGGCAAACCUCCUCCCUCUGUGUCAUGGGACAAAGCAGGAGUAGAUCUUAGAGUCAGAGGAAUCAUCAGCACAAGCACUUCCAUCACAUCUAUCAACAUUGAGCAAGCAACACGGGAUGACUCUGGAAAAUACAAGGUCAAACUGCAAAACGUUGCUGGUUCUACAUCAUUAACCCUGAAUGUGAGAGUUUUGGAUUCACCUGGUCCUCCUGCUAAGAUAAUAGUUAAAGACGUCACCAAGAACUCUGCAACUGUAACAUGGGACAUUCCAGAGAACGAGGGAGGAGCCGCUGUAACAAACUACUUUGUUGACCUAAGAGAUAUUAGCAGAAAGGGAUGGACGAGACUCACAGACAAGUGUAAGAGAUUGUCCUACAAGGUCUCUGAUCUGGAGGAAGGAGGGAUCUACUUCUUCCGAGUCACAGCUGAAAAUGAAUACGGCAUUGGGGUAUCAGCUGAGACCAAAGAAGGGACAAAGAUGACAGAUACGACGGAGUUGGAGACAAACCAAGGGGCUUAGUUUUUUUUUUUCAUCUUGUCAUUCUCCACUUUUUUAACCAAUUUAAAUAUAUGUAUUAGACAUUUGCCAAGAUACCUAGUUCUAUUUUCAUGAAUCAUGUUUUUGAUUUAUUAUGUUGUUUUAUUUCUAUUUUGAGUUUAAUUAAAUACAUAUUUUGUAACAGUAAAUACCAAAGUAUAUAUGUUUUUCAUAAAAUAAGCAAGAUUUUAAAUUUAGGCAAAAUGCAUUACUUAAAUUGUUUGCAUGAUUUAAACAAAUAAUUUUUCUAGGAAAGCGGGAGAAAGAAAUACUGUGCAAACUAAGUCAGAGUUGAGCUGGGGCAAAUGUAACACUCUUUUUUAUGUGCAUUAUAAAUUAGAAUAAAACAGUAGUAAAGAAGAAGAAUGAACAAAAGGGUAAAUUGUAUUUCACGGUGAGUUGUUAAUAAAGUUAGAAUGUGUGCAAACACAA